AGAGAGACCUUGGGAUUUAAUUCGUCUCGACUCCGACGACGACCCAGUUGCAGGGAUUAACUAUGCUGAUACUGAGGAAGUGCUCAUCAUCACGAGAGCACAGUUUCAUUCUAUUUCUCUUCAUCUCCGCUUUUGUAAUUGGUGCUCAAUCUGUACCCGUCCCUGAUUCUAAUUGCUACGCUCUUGACAAUUCAAGUCGUCUUGUCGAUUUUAGCAGCUGGAUCGGCCAUCCAUUUGAAUAUGAUGGCAAGGAAUUUGAUCUUGUGGUUAGGUUUUGCAAGGAUGUGGAAACAAGAGGCCAGGCGGGAUAUGUUGAUUUCGGACGAUUUGACCCGUUAAGCUACUUUGUUUCUAGUUCUGGAAAUUUUGAUUUCGUUCAAGGGUUUUACCAUGGAGACCUCUCAAAUUGUGAACAGAGUUAUGACAAACUUGGACGUACAGCACAGGUCAAUAUUGUUUGUGGGAACUGUGGUGCUGAACGUUGUAAAGGUGGACUUGGAUGCAUAUGUAGUGUCACCCAAGAUUCAACUUGCAGAGUUACUGUCGAGUUGGCUAUUCCAUGUGAGAAACCUGGUCCGCGGGUGUUUAAAGGAUUCACAGUCGGUUUGCAUCCUCGCUCAUGGGAAGUUAUUUAUAAUGGGAUGACACAGUUUGGAUUUGAUAAGCCCCGUCGUGAGUUUAGUUUCAAGACCGAGCAGACUCAUCUUACUCUCUAUAUGACUGGAAUUGCUUCUCUUUCAACAUUGGUAGGGAAGCCUAUCAUCAAGGUUUUUCCAGAAAAUGGUCUUGAUGUUAAGAUAGCUGGUUCUUCCUUGACUGGGAAUCAUCCAACAACCUUAUCACCUUCAACUUUAGUACUGGACUGGAAUUGUGAAAAAUCUCGGCGAACUCCAUAUGAAGUCAAUGUCACCAUCCCGGUGGAUGGUUAUGAUCCUGUUCAGUUUUUCCUCACAAAACUCUGCGAAUACAACCAAGGUAAUGAAGGAGGAUCAGCGAAGGGAUGGGCUAUAUUUGGAGUUUUUUCCUGCGUAUUCCUAGUUGCAUCUAUGCUUUUCUGCUGUGGAGGCUUUAUUUACAAAACAAGAGUAGAACGUGUGCGUGGAAUUGAUGCAUUGCCAGGGAUGUCACUUCUAUCGGGAUUACUAGAAACUGUGAGUGGAAGUGGACAAAGCUACUCAAGAACUGAAGAUAUCAACAAUGCUUUUGCCAAUGAAGUCUCAUGGGACCGCUCUUCUGCAUCCCCUACUCAAGUUACAACACAGAGACCAAGUGAAAGAACAUAUGGUGCGAUCUAAAACUGUGAAUUGCCUCACAAGGGGGACUUUUUCAAGCCAAUGGUAUGGCAAGCUGGUGAUAUGAAAUUUGCGGGUUUUGCUAUUUAUGUUUAGGUUCUAGAAAGAGGGGAAAAAAUUACAAGAAUCAAAAAAAGUUAAAGGCUUUAACCUUGAGGUUGUUUUUAAGUGUAGAUUCAUGUGUUACAAUCGAAAAAGACAAACAAAAGAAAAGGUGUUCUUUCUUUGCUUUGGUUACAAGAACAAGAGUGUGUUUGUAAAGUCAACAAAGAUUGAAACUUUAUAAGAUAAUUUUUUUUUGUCAAA